AUGUAUGAUUAUAGUAUAAAAAUGAAUGAAAUAUUAAUUGAAUAUUAUAAAUAUAAAGAAGAAAUGAAUAAAGUUUCAGAAUGUUAUUUGAAAAUGGGAGAAUUAUAUAAAAUGAAAAAUGAUAAAAGUCUCAUGUAUAUUGGAGAAUAUUAUUUUGUAAAAUUUAUAGGAAAAGAAUGGGGUGAAUUAGAAAACAAAGAAUAUAUCUAUCGAUCAGAAUUACGAAUUGGAGAAGCAAUUACACAAAUGACAAAAUCACUUGGUGUUACAUUGAAUGGAACUAUUACAAUAAUUAAUCAAAAUAAAGACAUUAAUGAAUUACCAUUUAAUACAUCUUUUAUUCAAAUAGGUUCUGUUAAGAAAUUAGAAGAUAAAGAUCAAACAAAUAAAUUCAUAUCUGAAAUACCUAUCAUUAAAACAAAAGAUAAUAAAAAUAUAACUAUAAAAGAUAUAUGGAAGAAAAAAUUAUAUAUUACAACAGAACAUCCUCUCCCUUCUGAACUCAUAAGACAAAAGGUUCUUCAUAUUGAAGAAUAUCUUUGUACUCCAAUUGAAUGUUGUAUUGAUGAUGUAAUUAAGAAGAAGAAACAACUUACUUCACAAUUUAUUAUUUCAACUCAAAGAAACACUCCUACUAUGACUCUCUUAUCUCUUUUACAAGGUUCAUUAAUUCCUCAAGUGAAUGGUGGAAUUAUUGAAUAUUUUGAAAUGAUCAAAAGUACUGAUAUUAAUAAAGAAUAUCGUGAACAAUUGUUGAAUGAAAUAACUUCAUUUCUUGAUUUAUGUAAUGAAUGUUUAAAUCUUUAUGAAACAAUAUUAAACAAGAAAUAUUUUCAACUUCAUUUAAAAAUGAAAGAUGGAUUACAUUCUCUCUAUUCAAUUUUGAAUUCUCUUAUUAUUAAUGAUUAA